UCGCUGGUGUCUUGUUGUCGCUGGUGUCAUCGUUGGUGUCGUUGUCAUCACUGGUUUGUUGUCGUCGUUGGAUUUCUCUGGCAUUCUUGUAAACUUAUGUGUUUCUCCAGCGUUUUUGUGGAAUGGCUUUGCAUUCUUUUCUAGCAUUCUUAUAAGUGACAUUUUUUUUUCAUACGGGGCUUGUCUUGUCUUUGUUGGAUCUGGGAAUUGCGUGGACAUAGCUUUUG